CACCAUCCUGGCCACCAUGGUCACACUGAUAUCCCCACAACUACAACCAGGGGGCACCCCCCUUGGUGAACAUAAGGAGGAGGAGGUAGGUAUGACUCCUUCUUCUUGAGAAGAAGGCUGCAGCAGUCGUGCUCCUGGUGGUACUACCAGUACUACUACUUUUAGAAAGAAGAAGCAAUAAGAAGGAGCAAGAAGAACAAGAACAAGAACAAGAACAAGAACAANAAGAACAAGAACAAGAACAAGAACAAGAACAACAGCAGCAACAACAAGAGAAGGAGGAACAACAAGGAGGAGUCACAACAAGGGUACUUUGCCUCAUUGAACACCAGCAGCAGUGUUGCUGGGAAUUCUAGUCCUAGUCCUAGUCCUAGUCCUAGUCCUAGUCCUAGUCCUAGUCCUAGUCCUAGUCCUCCUCCUCCUCCUCCUACUACUACUACUACCACUACUACUAGUAUUGGUAGUACUACUAUUAGUAUGCCUCAGGUUGUCAACAGCAUCCCAUGCACAAUGAUCCGACUUCCCUCCUUGCGUCGCUUCGUAGAAAUGAUGUGCUUCCGAGUCAAUCGUAGUGAUACUAGUGACAACUUGAAAUCAAUUCUCUACCUCUCCCACGAUACGAAGUACUUUACCGUACGUACUCGACUUCGUAAAAAUAAAAAUAUGGAUGUUACGUCUAAAACAAUGUCGAUCUUGGAGUCAUAAUAUCAUUUUAAAUUGAUAUUAUGCCUCCAAGAUCGACAUUGUUUUCAGCCCACUAUCCGUACCGGUACGUAGCAUCUCAUUCUUUUCUCCAAGACUACGAAAGUCGAAAAGUAUCUUGACAAAAAGAACGGAAGACAAUGUUUAUUUUUAGCUAUUGAAAGUAAUAUUAUAAUGUUUUUCGUUCACGAUCGGAAACUCUUUCUCCAUUACAGUAGAUUCACGACUGAAGGCGUGUCGUUCAUCUUCGAACGACACAAGAUUAACGGGAGGAAAAAAAUACAGUACUCAAUACUUCUUCUCACAAAACAAACGAAAAAUUUCUAAUUCUAUUGAAGCAUUAAAAUACAACCCCAACAUUAAAUUAUAACAAAAGACUGCCAUGAAGUUUCUCCAAAUCACUGUUGCAACUAUUUCGAGUUUUUCCUUUCUUGUUGAGGAAGUCCACGGGCAUGGGUACAUGUUCGAACCGAUUUCUCGAAAUUACUACUCCAACCAAUUUGGUUUGACUUGGGGGACCGAGCCCAACAUUCCAAUGAAAGAAUAUUGCUUUCAUUGUCUCAAUACAAAGGGAGUUGGAUCGGUAUGCGGCACAUCCGAACAAGGUGUCAAUUACGACAGUUGGCUUGAUUCAUUGCAGCAGCCAAUUUCUUGGAACUCAAAUGGAAACGUUUACCAAGAGGGCGGCAUCAUUACGGUCGAGACCUUCCUUACAGCCCAUCACACUGGACACAUGGAGCUUCGUGCAUGUCCAAUGGGCCGUGCCUCCACUCAAGAAUGCUUCGACCAACAUGUGCUUGAGUUUGUGGAGGAUGUCAAUAACUUCGAUGUCAAAAUGCCGAAGGGUAAGUAUGCAUUCAAUUCAGCUGACAGAGCUAAGUUAAGACAAGAAUGUUCCGUCAACUGACGUCAUUGGUUGUUAUCGUUUUCCUUUUUUAGACGAAAAUUAUCCAGAACGUGGUUACUAUUACGGAUCUCAAGCCUUUAACAAUAAUCGAUUCGCUAUGAACUUCCGAUUGCCUCAAGGAUUGACUGGAGAAGAGGUCUUACUGCAGUGGUUGUAUGUACGUACUUUUCGAACUGAUUUAUGACCUAUUUGCAUGAUCUAUGAUCCCCCAAAUAUCUCUGACAAUAUGAAAACUUCUACGACUUGUUAGGUAACAGCCAACUCGUGUUCCCCAGAAGGCUAUGCCGAGUAUUAUAGUCUAAACAGUCACUUGCCACAAGAGUUUUGGAAUCGACAACUUUCGACCUGCACUCCCGAGCAAUUUCCUCCCGAGUUUUAUACCGGCGACUCUCCAGAAAGAUUCGUAAAUUGUGCCGAGAUAUCAAUUUUGCCGAACGACAACAACAUUCAUAUUGAUGAACCUACUCCCACAUCCACACCAACUCCUGAAAUCUCGACACAGUCACCUGUUCAAGUCAUCUCGGUACCGGAUGUUUCACCUCCAACACCUAUCGCCACUCCUAUUACCAACGAAAGCGAAUCAAGAGUUAUUGCAUACGUUGGGAACUGGCAAGCGUGUCCUACCGAUGAGCAGAUCGCUCAGUAUACACAUGUUGUAAUUGCAUUUGCUGUUAGCUACCAAUGGAGUCCAGGAAAGAAUAUCUGUAGCGAAACAUGUGAAAUCGCAAUGCCUCCUGUUUGCGAAAAUGUCAAUCGGCCGGAUCUUAUCGCCAAAUGGAAGGGUAUGGGAAAGAAGGUGAUUCUCAGUUUUGGAGGUGCUGGCAUGGGAGGUAGCUGGGCUGGUGACAAUAAUGACUGUUGGGAUUACUGCUUUGGAAGAGAAACAAAGGUUAUCGAUCGGCUAACAACCAUUGUGAAUGAGAUGAAUCUAGAUGGCAUCGACAUUGAUUAUGAAUAUUUUUACAGUGACAACCAGAACGGAUCUGGGUUUUCGAAGGGAGCCGAAGCCCGAAAUUUUUUGACAGAKGUAACAGUCGGACUCCGAAAUAGCAUGGCCCCGGGAGCUGAACUAACCCAUGCGCCGAUGGAACCGGACAUGGUACCAGGAACAGCGUACUUUGAAGUUAUGAAGGACAUUGCACACACUUUGGACUUUUUAAUGCCCCAAUAUUACAAUGGAUACGUUCGUUCUUACGUCGACUUUGCCGGCGCUCUAUCACACUUCACUACCCUUGCAAAUGAAUUAUUCGAAGGUGAUGCCAGUAAAAUCGUGUAUGGAUUUUGCAUCAACGACUGCGGUUCAUUCAAUCUUGACGGUUUUCAAUCGGCCGAGGUCAUGAAAUGGUUGGCGGGAGAAUAUCCUUGCAAUGGUGGUGCCUUCUUCUGGGUUGCCAAUGAUGAUUUCAAUGGAAAUUGGUCGACGGAAGUAAAUAAUCAGAUAGCAAGUGAUGCCGACCUUUGCCUAGAUCAGUCUCCCGUGGAUCCAGUUCCAGCUCCCGUGCCAAAUCCCACUCUAUCCCCUGUCACUUUCUCCACACAAAACCCGACAGUUUCUCCGUCUCCAAAACCGACGAGUCUUCCCACCCAGUCUUCAACUCCAUACCCCACGAGUGCUCCCGUCGUGAAUCCAACGAACCAGCCCAUCCCCUCUCCACCGGUCAGUAUUGGUAGCGCCGGUUGUUGCUCAAAUGAUUACAAGACGUGUGCGUCGUGGUGCAAUGAGAGUCGUCAGAAAUGUGGAUCUCCUAUGUGUGCCAGCAUGGUGUGGUUGGAGAACGGUUCCUUGUCUUCCGAUACUUGUGUAUCCCGCUGGGGAGCAUGUACUAAUGAUGUUUCAAGCUGCUGUGGUGGUUUGGUAUGCAAGGGUGAAAGUCGCUGGUAUAAACAGUGUUUGGCACCCAACGAUCCAGCUCCUAAUUAAGCGAAUGGAAGAUAUUCGGUAAGGUAGCUAAUAACCUGCUUGUUAGAGAUAGUCAUAGAAUAUAAAAAAUUCAUUGAU